AUGUUUGACAGAGUGCUGAGAGGCAGGUUGUGGGUCAAAGGUGAAGCAGGUCGCUCCUCACUCGGCGCGGAUCGGGUGACGGCGACCACAGAAGGACGACGACCCUCGCUCGCCAGCUGCCGCCUGAAACGGGACACCCGGGUCCGCGAGGUGGUGCUCGUCCACCUGUGUCGCUUACCUGCCACGCGGCGUGCGGGAAGCGCACGGGUGUUCGCCACCUACCCCAACGAGGACUACGACCGGCGCAAUGAGGACGUGGACCCCAUGGCGGCGUCGGCGGAGUACGAGCUGGAGAAGAGGGUGGAGAGGCUGGACCUGUUCCCUGUGGAGCUGGAGAAAGACCAGGACGGCCUGGGCAUCAGCAUCAUCGGCAUGGGCGCCGGGGCCGACAUGGGCCUGGAGAAGCUGGGCAUCUUCGUCAAGACCGUCACCGACGGCGGGGCGGCGCAGCGUGACGGCAGGAUCCAAGUGAACGACCUCAUCGUGGAGGUGGACGGCACCAGUUUGGUGGGAGUCACGCAGACGUUUGCCGCCACGGUGCUGAGGAACACGUCAGGAACCGUCAAGUUCUUCAUGGGGCGCGAGAAGCCGGGCGAGCAGAGCGAGGUGGCCCAGCUGAUCCAGCAGACUCUGGAACAGGAGCGCUGGCAGAGGGAGAUGCUGGAGCAGCGCUACAAUCAGUACAUGGAGGAGCAGGAGGGUGGCGAGUACGGCACAGACGAGGAGGACGAGGAGGACGAAGACGUCAGCCCGCAGUACACCGGCGCCAUCGAGGUGUUCGACCUGGCGGAGAACGAGGACCUGUCGCCCCUGGAGACGGACCCUGAGAAACUGGCCCAUAAAUACAAAGAGCUCCAAAUCAAACACGCGGUGACGCAGGCGGAGAUCCAGCAGCUGAAGAGGAAGCUGCAGCACGCCGAGCAGGAGCGUCAGCGCUGGCGGGCGGACAAGGCCCAGCUGGAGCAGACCCUGCAGGAGAACAAGGAGCGCAUGGAGAAGCUGGAGGGCUACUGGAUGGAGGCGCAGAGUCUGUGCCAGGCCGUGGACGAGCACCUGAAGGAGACCCAGGCGCAGUACCAGGCGCUGGAGCGCAAGUACGGCAAGGCCAAGCGGCUCAUCAAGGACUACCAGCAGAAGGAGGUGGAGUACCUGAAGAAGGAGACGCAGCGAUGCGCGCAAGUCGGCGCCGAGGCGUCGCUCCUCCAGGAGGAGUCGGGUCAACUGCAGGAACAGGUGGCCGACUUGGAGUGUCAGGUAGAAGAGCUGAAAUCAGAACCUUUAUGAGGAAGAAAGGAGAGCACAACGAGCUGCAGGGUAUCUCUCGUCUCGCAUCCUCUUACGUAUCGCCUCCGCGUUCAAACCCUCACUUUCUAGUUUCUACCGAAAGCCGAGCAAACUCCAGUAUUAAAAAAAAAACCCUAAUUUGUGAUUUUUUUUUUUGGUUUUUGGGUGACAACAUUGGGCUUUUUGCUUUGUAAUUGCCAAAAGAAAAGAAAAGGAAAAGUCCCUCCUCGGAUCUUUCUAGUUUUGUGAGCUUUUUUCCAGCGUACAGACGUCAUUAAGUGUUUUAACAAGAGUUUUAAUAUAACCUAAAGUCUAAUUAGACUAGAUUGAGGUGCGGGCGUGACGCCGAGGGAUUAAAAAAAACAAAAAAAACGGAGCCGCCGAGAGAACAAUAACCGUCGUGUAACCAUGGCAACCACCUGCUGCCUACCUUUGGGAAGUGUUUUUUCCGUGUAUUAUUCCUAUUUUUUACAUACGGACUCGCAAGUAAGAAGGCGUUUCUAAAAGUCCGGGAACCAGCAGCUGCACGUGUGACGGCGGCGUGUAGCACAACAACGUGGGGGUGUGGGGGGGAGGGAAAAGAACGUAACACACUGCCUGAACGGGAGCGCAGCGCCUUGUGUCCAUCUUCAUAUUUAUAAAAGGACAAAACUCAAUUCUGUGUCAUGUCAUGAAUAAAUGGACAAAAGUACCGUAUUUUUCGAACUAUAAGUCGCAGUUUUUUUAAUAGUUUGGAAAACUAUAAAUCGGGGGUGCGAUUUAUACCCUGGAGCGACUUAUGUGUGAAAUUAUUAACACAUUAGCGUAAAAUAUCAAAUAAUAUUAUUUAUCUCAUUCACGUAAGAGACUAGACGUAUAUCAGCGUGACAGAUUGUUUGGUAAACGUAUAGCAUGUUCUAUAUGUUAUAGUUAUUUGAAUGACUCUUACCAUAAUAUGUUACGUUAACAUACCAGUUGGUUAUUUAUGCCUCGUAUAACGUAUACUUAUUCAGCCUGUUGUUCACUAUUCUUUAUUUAUUUUAAAUUGCCUUUCAAAUGUACGGAGCCCCUAAAGGGACAU